AUCUCUGACAUUUUUUGCCAUUCACACCAAUCCUCCCUGAAUGAGUUGUUGGAAACCUGAGACUGCUAAAAUCGAAAGUUACAUUCAGAGUAUCUUCUCACCAUGUCAGAUCAGAUGACCCAGUCUUACCAUGAAAAAGCCUACGAGUCUCUCGUGAAAGGCCUGAAGCAGCUGGACCUGCGGAGCUCCAGUGUUCCUUGCAACCUGGUGCUGGCUGGAGAAAAUGCCUUUCCUGUAUUGAUGGACAGUUAUGGUCAUGUCCUCAUGGCUGCUUCGCUGUACGGCAGAGGAAGAAUUGUGGUCCUGGGCCAUGAGCAGUACUUGAGUUUGGCUCCUGAUCUGGUAGAGAAUGCUCUGAUCUGGCUGGGAGGGGGGGAACCUGAAAACGUAUCAUUGGGGGUGCACAAAAACCUGAAAGCAGUUGCUGAUAAGCUGAGCAAAUCCAACUUCCAAGUCAGUGUUGUUGAGGGCUUUAGUGCAAAUCUGGGAGUUAGUGUGUUUGUAUCAGAUGCCUACCGUGUUGGUGAACAUGCAGGAGAUCUGGUAGCCUUCAUGAAAGCAGGAGGAGGAGUGCUGUUAGGAGGACAAGCAUGGAACUGGGCUUCACAAAACCCCAACGAAAACCUAAUCCUCCAGUUUCCUGGUAAUAAAGUCUCAGGGGUGGCAGGGAUCUACUUUUCAGCACAAUAUGCAAAAGGAGAAAACCUGACCAUCAGCCCUGAAAUCCCAACCUCCUGGAAAACCUUAGACUAUAAGUUGAGUUUUAAGGAGGAUCUGGAGUUUCUGCUGAAAGGGGUCUCAGAGUUUGACACCCGGGGCGAUGCUGCUUUCUCUGACGCUCUGAUCCACGGCCCUCUUUCCUUUCCCAUCGGUGCCACGAACGAUGGACAUGUGUUCCUGGCAGGAUCCUACUUUGGGAAGGGACGAGUUAUUCUGACGACACAUGAAACCUUUAUGGGAUCUGAGAACUUGGCAUCAUUUUGGAAAAAUGUACUUCAUUGGCUGGACCAAGGCAGGAAUGGGGUCGUAGGAUUGAGUCCAAGGGUCAAGAUUUUACCCAACUUAGGGUUGGAAUGUGAAAAAACACCAUUCAGGCAAGACCUGAGUGUUUAUGUGUGCACAGUAUGGAGUGAAGAAGAUCCUGAAAAAAUCCAAAACUUUGUGGCAGAAGGAGGAGGCCUGCUGAUCGGUGGACAUGCCUGGUGGUGGGCAACACAAUAUCCUGGGCAAAACACACUGCAAGACUUCUCAGGAAACAAGAUCUUAAACAAAAUGGGCUUGAGCGUGAUGAAGGAAACCAUUAGCAAUGGUGUUUUUAAAGCUCCUGAGCCAAGUCAAGCUAAUGACUUCCACUUCCGUCAUCUUCUGCAUCGAUUUGCUGGUCAUGUUUUUGAAAGCAGCAAACUUACCAAGCAAGAUGAGGACCAUUUUAAAAAACUGGAAAUGGAGUGUGGCUACUUCUUGAGUAUGAAAGCUUAUGACAGCAUCUCCUAUACACAGAUUUUAUCCAUUCUCACUGACAUCUUGAAGUCAUGCAUGCCACAGGUUAGUAAGCAGAACCCAGUGAGAAGUCCCCAGGACCAAAUGCUUCUUAAUUUGGCAACCAAAGUGUUUGAUGUUUCCCUAAGACAGCAUGUCCUCCUGCCCUUUCUCAUUAAGAACAUUCCAACUCUACCUGUUGUCAACAACCUAAAGCUGAAGAUUAAUGCUCAAACAGCAGAAAAUAAAGAGUGGAUCAGUACUGGUUUCUAUCUCUCUCCUGGCAUGAAGACCUGGAUGACGUUGCCACCAAAGCUUGUUAACAGGAAAUGGAUGGUCCAAAUUGGCUGUCAAAGUGAUAAACUGGAUGAAGAAGAGUUGUUCAGGGCACCCAAUGUUAUUAAGAAAUUCAUUGUGACAUCAGAAAGGAUGCAGGUUUGGAACAUGUGGGGCGGACUCAUCUAUCUGGUGGCUCCACCUGAUGUAAAGGUGGAAGAGGAAGAGAUUGUGUUAGAGGUGGCUGUGUCUGCUCCUUACUACAAGUCUGGUGUGACUAAAGCUGAAGAUUGGUCCUUGGUACGUGCAGCUCCUGCACCCUGGGCAGAGUUUGAGUUUGAGAACAUCAUCCUCACUGUGCCAUCACAUGUUAUCCAUGAACUGGAGUCCCCAGUCAAGGUGGAAAAACUCUGGAAUGACAUAAUGAGGGGUGUUGCAGAUCUGGCUGCCAUACCACACAAAUUCAUUCGGAAAGAACGCAUUGUUGCUGAUGUGCAAAUUUCUGCAGGUUGGAUGCAUUCAGGCUAUCCAGUUAUGAUGCAUUCCUCUGAAGCACCAAUGCUGUUCAAUUAAAAAAAUGCCAGGACCACAGGUCUAUGGGGAGAAAUUCAUGAGCUGGGACACAACCAACAGAGAAGCUGCUGGGAGCUUCCACCUCACACCACAGAGGCCACAUGCAACCUGUGGUCAGUGUAUGUGAGUGAAGAGGUGCUCGGAGUCAACAGAUCAAAGGCUCAUGGAUCACUGACCCCAGAAUCUCGUAGACACUGUAUAAACAAGUACGUUCAGGGAGGCAAGAAGCUCAGUGAUUGGAAUGUUUGGACUGCCCUGGAAACAUACCUGCAGCUCCAGGAAAAGUUUGGUUGGGAUGCCUUUAAGAAGGUGCUUGCUGCCUACCACAACAUGAGCAACUUUCCCAGUGACAAGAACGGAAAGAUGAACAUGUACGCUGAGACGUUCGCUCAAACUGUGAACAUGGAUCUGACCGGAUUCUUCAAAACCUGGGGAUGGCCCAUUGAAACAGCCACUGAGGAGAAACUGUCCAGUCUGCCUCCCUGGUCUGAUCACCCCAUGGCCCAGUAUUCCUAAAACCCAGACUGGAUC